GUCAAACGUAAUUUCCGCUUUGAAGUUUUCGCGUUUCCGUAACCUCUUUUACUUGAACCAACAUGCCGCCUAAAAAGGACGCGAAGUCCUCUGCAAAGCAACCACAAAAGACCCAAAAGAAGAAAGAAGGGUCGGGUGGAGGAAAAGCAAAGAAGAAGAAGUGGUCAAAAGGAAAAGUCCGAGACAAGUUAAAUAAUCAAGUUCUUUUCGAUAAAGCAACUUAUGAUAAACUUUACAAGGAAGUCCCAUCUUACAAAUUGAUCACUCCUUCUGUUGUUUCUGAACGCUUAAAAGUUCGUGGAUCCCUAGCGAGAAGGGCACUUAUUGAACUCCAACAAAAAGGUCUUAUCAAACAAGUUGUACAACACAGAGCCCAACUGAUUUACACUAGGACUACCAAAGGUGAUGAUCCAGUUGCUUAGACCAUAAGAUAAAAUAU